UAGGCAUUUGACUGUUAGUGUGACAUUUGAUUUUCCCCAAAACAUAAAGACAAAAAGGAGAAACUCAACUCCACCCACAUCACACAUACCAACAAACCCACAAGCUCCAGAUAUCUUUGGAGUGAACAAACCAAUCCCAAACCUUUCUUCGAUUUUUCGUCUUCUUCAGUGUUGUGAAUCCAUUGAUCAUGCCUCCUGGUGCCAAAAAGAGAAAGGCUUUGAAGAAGAAGCAGCAGGAGCAGGAAGCCGCUGGAGCCGGUACUAACAACAAAGGCUUCAAUGGUGAUCGUGGACAUGAUGAACAUGGAAGCCAAGAUGAGAGAGACAGUGAUGGCAAUUUGAGUUCCCCUGGUUCUCAAGGAAAUGAAGAAUUUGGGACAAUAGACUCAUCACCUCCUCCAUUAUCUGGUUUAGGGAAGGACAUUGUUAAAGAGAAAGCAGAAGAUGCUGACUUUACUCGGGGACAAGUAGUGAAAGGUGAAGACGUAAUUGAAGUUGGAAGAGGAACGGAUCAUGAGGAGAACGGUGUGGACAAACCACCCACUCCCUGUCCUGAAAAUUUUACUCAAACUUCUAGAGAGGCUGAUAGUACUUCAAGUUUGGAAAUUUCACCUGCUCUUGAUUCUGUCAAUCCUGUGGGUUCUUCUGUCUCAAUGGUUGUGAUGUCGGACAAAAAUGAGCAAGUUGAGAGCUCAACAGACUCGGAUUCUCUCCAACAGAAGUCUGAUGAAAACGAAGAGAACCUUAGUCCAGGAUCUGCUGAGGAAACUAACAAAGAAGUCAAGAAUGUGAAAGAAUAUGAAGUGCCAGAAUGUUCUAAAGAAAAGAGUCUUUUGCCUUCUGGUCCACCAGUUGUUCGAACGUCGUGGUUGAGUUGCUGCGGUUUGUUUGAUGUAAUGGCAGGAUCUGAAAGAUAAAUACAGAACAGGAGGAGGAUAAAAUAGCAAACAGUGAACAGCAGAAGCUCAAAGAACAGCCGACAAAACAGGAUUCAUGGUCUGUAGAUUCUUCUCUGUACAUUCUCAAGUCUGAAAAUAUCUGCUAGAAUAGUAAUAAUGUGAGUGAUUUUAAGCAAACAUACGGAAAAACAUAAAAUUUAUCUUGUUCACGUUUUGGAAAUGCUGAUUCGAGAUCUGAACACAGUUCCUUGUAUUUUUCGUUUAUAUAUCAUAUUUGUCUCUCUCUAUCAA